AUGGUAUGGCUUGGGGCUUGUUAUGCAGGUGUGACAAAGCCGAUUGUUUUUGAACCAUUUGAAAGAUUAACCCAAUACAAUUAUAGCGACGACGUUUUGCCAUUAGCAUUAUCUGAAGGUAAACGACUAAUUGGUGACACAUUCAUUUAUCAACAGGAUAAUGCUCGUUCACAUACUGCUGGAAAUUCACAGAUGUGGUGUGAACAACAUUUUCCCGACUUUAUUGAUUCAAAACGGUGGCCUCCCAACAGCCCCGACCUGAAUAUCUUGGAUUACUAUGUAUGGAAUGCUGUAGCUCAACUAAUGAGAUGGGACAAAGUUCAGAAUUAUCAAUCAUUACAACAAGAAAUCAAAAGAGCAAUACGAUUAGUACCAGUAACUGAAGUGGCGAGCAGCAUUGAUUCAUGGUCUCGUCGUAUUCUUCAAGUUUUAAAAAAAAGGGAGCAUAUAUUAAAUAGUUUUUUUUAA